GCUGAGCUUUCUUCAUUCUUUCGGAGAAAGACUCGUCCUUUAUUUACGAACCGCGCCUUGUCAUGCAAAAAUUCUGCAAAACUGCCAACCAAAACCAGACCCAAUUUCUAGAAUCCAUCGGCCCAUUGUCUUCUCCUUCUUCAUCGCCUGCCUUGUCUCUCUUUCUCUCUCUCUAGAUUUGGGCAACCAGCGAAGCGAAUCCAGCAUUCCAUGGGGUCUAUGCUUGGCGACUUGCCUUCUUUUGACCCACAUAACUUCAGCCAACUUCGGCCAUCCGAUCCUUCGACUCCAUCCGUAAGCGCACACUCUCUUCGCCCCAGGCAGUCGCAGCUCCAUAUUACUAUCUUUGAUUUCACUGGAAUUGCUUCUGUAGAGUUUUGAUUCCAGCAGAUUCACUUGUGUUUGGCUUUUGUUUUGCUGAUCUGCUGGAAUGCAGCCCAAGUGGGAGAGAUGAGCUUUCUGCAUGUGCUAAGAACUGAAACUAGUUUUAUGGUGUUCUUGGUCCAAUUUCAGAUUUCACUGGGAAGCUUGUGUGUGUGCAUCUGCGUGAUCUUUUUAUCCUUUUUUCUGACAACAAUUUUGUUUCGCGUUUGUUGAGGUGUUAGGGUCUAAUGUGCGGUUAGGUUUCCGAGUGCAAUCUCAGGGUUCUUAAAAGAACUGCUUGGAAGAAGAAAACUGUGGCUGAUCGAGAAUGUACUAUUGUUUGUUCUGCUACUCUCACCUUGGUAGGCAUGAGUUACUAGUAACCUAAUCCUGGGUUUCCUUGUUUGCAAUUGGGUUGGAGGGUUAGUACUUCGGAUGGAAAGUAUUAGUGUAUCUCAAAAUUCUUGAGAAUUUCAUUCAGAUUCUGAUAGGACAAGUAGAUGUAGGCAAACAGUUCAUUGAGAUGUGAGAGCGCUGAAUGUAUGAGAUCAAUAAGCAGGAAUCCUAAAGCAAUGCAAUCUGUUCAAAUAUAGUGUCGAGCCCACUUAGUUCACUAGGCUGAGUUGAGUUUAUAGAACAAUGUCCUAGCUGAGAAUCCAGCUGUUGGUAAGAAAAAGAAAUUUAGUUGAAAUAGAAAACGAACUUGGACAUGUGGAGCUCACUUGGUUGCCUAUUCAGCAUAUCUUCUCUUUAUCACCACUAGGCAUGAGCUUUCUCUGUUCUCUUGUAACUGUCUAUUACAUUUAUCAAGUGUUGCCCUUGGUUGUGAUUGAACCAUAAUUUUUAUGGAGGAACAUUUAAUUAUAGUGCAUGGCACUUCAAUUGAACUAUCACGUGUCAAUUUUUUGUCGAUAGCACGUUACAGAUGCUUUUUUCUGACAUAUCCAGAGAAUUUGGUUGUCGAAUGUGUUAGUUGAAGUGUUGAACCGCUGUCUGUGUCAUUUGUAGGCUUGACAUGGAUUCAGCACUAUGUAAAAUUUGGACUAGGGUACAUAUGAAAAGCUUGUCUACUUAUCCUGCUCAGGGUACAUGCUAGAAUAGACAUGUGAAUAGAUUGCUGACAAGUCAUGGUAUGCAUUUUAUUGUAGAUUAUUUCAUGGGAGUUGGGACUGGAUAGUGCUGGGGAUGACUUUACUUGUGAUGAAUUGGCACCUCUAGGUUUUAGGUGAUUAAAAAUUUAUGACACAUUUGUAUUUCUUAAUAUCAAUAAUUCAAUAGCACAGGGUUAGCCUAUUUAGAAUUUCUUUACCAACCAAUCAUUCUGAUUUAAAUGCUGUAUUGCCCACAGAAUGUGCCUAUCCGGGAGUUGACCGGUUUACUCAUAUUUAUGACAGAAUUUUUUCCUGAUCCAUUUGCAGAAAAUGACUCCAGCAACCUAUCAUCCUACCCAUGGACGGACUCUUCCACCACCAGAUCAAGUCAUAACCACUGAAACUAAGAACAUACUUCUGAGAAACUUUUACCAAAGAGCAGAAGAGAAGAUGAGACCGAAGCGAGCUGCCCCUGAGAGCCUUACACCAGAACACAGCUGCAAGCAGCCAAGGCCUUCUACCUCCAACUAAAGUUUGUCUCAGUUUUAAAAAUGUACAUACUAGAGAGUCUAAUCAUAGUGCCAAAAAUGUAUGGAAGUUUGUUUGCUGAGAGGACUCCCGCAGAAUGUCAGCUCUGGGAAGUUGGAACUGUUGUGCUGUAUACGUGUAGAUCUGUAUACAAAGUUACAAACAAACACUUCGCUGCUGAUGGCAUGGGUUAAUGUCUCUCUUCUAGUCUGUUCUCUUUUUCGUCCUUGGGUAGAUUGAUUGACCAAAAUCAUAGUUUAGUUUGCAUUUUGGUCUGUUGAUUCAGCAGCUGGAUUGAGAAACUGAGAGCAGAGAGAGACACCCCAAUCUUUCUUUCUUCUGAAAGUUUUAUCUAUGAUCUCAUAUUCUUUUUUUUUUUUUUUUAUCAUCAAAACCUGUAUUAUUUCUUUAGUGGUGUGAAAUAUUACAGGCAUAUUUGGAGGCCCUGUUCGAAAAUUUAAAAUGUGGCCCUAAUUUUUUUUCCCAUAAAUUCAUCAAAAUUAAAAAUUAGUAAAUAAUUGUAAAAAAAUACUUAAGUUCAAAAAAAGAUUACAUCAGGAAUAAACGAUCUCGUUUCCAGUUUGACCAAGAAACCAAGACCGAAUUCCCAGCCCUAGUAGGGAGGAAAGUAAAUCUGGAAGGAAGAGAAAAUGGAUAUAGCGCAAAAAUUGAAUGAAGAAAUGAAAAUAGUCUAAAUUGAUCGAGAGGUGGGUGCAGGGUUGUCUACUAGAUCGUGGAGGCCCUAUUUCAAAAUCUAUACGUGGUCCAAAUCGACCUUUAACUAUAAUAAAACUAAAAUAAUUAUAAUAACAUUAUUCAAAAUGU